CAAAGCAGCCAACGUGGGCCUGCAGAAGGCGGUGGAGCUCAGAGCCUUGCGUGUGUGAAGGCUAGCGGGCCCGGGGGGCGGGGCCUCGGUACUGGCCGGAGCUGGGCCGAUUGUUCGAGGCGAGGUCGGCUUAGCUGAGGAGCUUAGCGUAGUCUUGGGCUGUGCGCGCGCUCUGCUGUGAGCACUGGAAUAGCAAGGCGCACCGGGCGCUUGGAGGAUUGUGGGGGUGGCCGCGCUGUCCAGCCCAGGGUCUGCUUGUCGCGCUCUCGGAACCUCGAGGAGGAUGCCCACGGGUGCGGAGAUCAGGCUGCAAGGCUGAGCACAGUCCUUGCUGCGGCCCCAGCACUUGGUGUGCGGGAGCUCCAGAGCCAGCCAAGAGUGUCGCCAGAGAACAAGGAGUGUCCACUGAGCACCCCUUGCCCAGAUCCGUGGGGUUCGCAGUGAGCACAGGCUGGUCGGCCCAUAUGGACACAGAGUUCGCGGCCCCCUCCGGGCGCUCCAGGGCGACCCGGGCACUGGGGGCCCGCUGAGCGCCAGAGUCACAGCAGCGUAGAGAACUUGUGCCUGCGGCCAUGCCUUGGCGCAGAGCCUAGUGCGGAGAGAAACUGCGGGCCAGCCCGUGCUGUGGUUGUCCCGAACCUCGCAGCCCCUACGCCUGGAGUUCGUUUGCUGCGCGCUUCAGACAAGAUGGCGCGGCCGGUCUGGGGAUCGCUCAGAGCCCCACUGCGCUCGCCAUGUCCUCUGUGGCUGUUGCUGCUGCUACUUUGGCUGGAGCCCGCAACGGCUGCAUCUGUCCCGCGGUUGCCCUGCGCCGCUGCCUGCUCUUGCGCUGGGGACUCGCUGGACUGUGGUGGGCGCGGACUGGCGGCACUGCCUCAAGACUUGCCUGCCUGGACGCGGAGCCUAAACCUGAGUUACAACAGACUUUCUGAGAUUGACCCUUCGGGUUUUGAGGACUUGCCGAAUCUACAAGAAGUGUAUCUUAACAACAAUGAGUUGACAGCCAUACCAUCCCUGGGUGUUGCUUCAUCUCACAUCGUCUCUCUCUUCCUUCAACACAACAAGAUUCGCAAUGUGGAAGGGAGCCGGCUGAAGGCUUACCUGUCCUUGGAAGUGCUGGACCUGAGUUGGAACAACAUCACGGAGAUGCGGAGCACCUGCUUCUUGUACGGACCACCCAUAAAGGAGCUCAACCUGGUCAGCAACCGGAUCAGUACCUUAGAGUCAGGAGCAUUUGAUGGUCUUUCACGGUCACUGCUAACACUUCGCCUGAGCAAAAACAGGAUCACCCAGCUUCCUGUGAAAGCAUUCAAGUUACCUAGGUUGACACAGCUGGACCUUAAUCGGAAUCGGAUCCGGCUGAUCGAGGGCCUGACGUUCCAGGGGCUUGACAGUUUGGAGGUGCUGAAGCUUCAGCGAAACAACAUCAGCAAGCUGACCGACGGAGCCUUCUGGGGGCUGUCCAAGAUGCAUGUGCUGCACCUGGAGUACAAUAGCCUGGUAGAAGUGAACAGUGGCUCACUGUAUGGCCUCACGGCCCUGCACCAGCUGCACCUCAGCAACAACUCCAUCUCCCGUAUUAGCCGGGAUGGCUGGAGCUUCUGCCAAAAGCUACAUGAACUGAUUCUGUCCUACAACAAUCUCACCCGGCUGGAUGAGGAGAGCCUGGCUGACCUCAGUAGCUUAAGCAUCUUGCGUCUCAGCCACAAUUCCAUCAGCCACAUCGCGGAAGGUGCCUUCAGGGGACUCAAAAACCUGCGCAUCUUGGAUCUGGACCAUAACGAGAUUUCGGGCACAAUAGAAGAUACCAGUGGCGCUUUUAUGGGGCUUGACAGCCUCAGCAAGCUGACUCUGUUUGGAAACAAGAUCAAGUCGGUAGCUAAGAGAGCAUUCUCGGGGCUGGAAGGCUUGGAGCACCUGAACCUUGGCGAGAAUGCUAUCAGAUCUGUCCAGUUUGAUGCCUUUGUGAAGAUGAAGAAUCUCAAAGAGCUCCGCAUCAGCAGUGAUAGCUUCCUGUGUGACUGCCAGCUGAAGUGGCUGCCGCCGUGGUUACUGGGCAGGAUGCUGCAGGCCUUUGUGACAGCCACCUGUGCCCACCCGGAAUCACUGAAGGGCCAGAGCAUUUUCUCUGUUCUGCCAGAGAGUUUCGUGUGUGAUGACUUACCAAAACCACAGAUUAUCAUCCAGCCAGAGACGACUAUGGCUGUGGUGGGCAACGACAUCCGGUUCACAUGCUCGGCAGCCAGCAGCAGCAGCUCCCCUAUGACCUUUGCCUGGAAGAAGGACAAUGAGGUCCUGGUCAACGCCGACAUGGAGAACUUCGCCCACGUCCGGGCACAGGAUGGGGAAGUGAUGGAGUAUACCACCAUCCUGCACCUCCGCCAUGUCACUUUCAGGCACGAGGGCCGAUACCAGUGUGUCAUCACCAACCACUUUGGCUCCACCUACUCUCAUAAGGCCAGGCUCACCGUGAACGUGUUGCCGUCAUUCACCAAAAUGCCCCAUGACAUCGCUAUCCGGACUGGCACCAUGGCCCGCCUUGAAUGUGCUGCCACUGGCCACCCUAACCCCCAGAUAGCCUGGCAGAAGGAUGGAGGCACAGAUUUCCCUGCUGCUCGUGAGCGACGCAUGCAUGUCAUGCCCGAUGAUGACGUGUUUUUCAUCACUGAUGUGAAAAUAGACGACAUGGGGGUUUAUAGCUGUACCGCCCAGAACUCUGCCGGCUCCAUUUCAGCGAACGCCACCCUGACUGUCUUAGAAACCCCAUCCCUGGCGGUGCCCUUGGAAGACCGUGUGGUGUCCAUGGGAGACACAGUGGCUCUUCAGUGCAAGGCAGCCGGCAGCCCUCCACCCCGCAUCACCUGGCUCAAGGGGGACCGCCCUCUGAGCCUCACUGAGCGGCACCACUUCACCCCUGGCAACCAGCUGCUGGUUGUACAGAAUGUGGUGGCUGAGGAUGCAGGCCAGUACACCUGUGAAAUGUCUAACGCCCUCGGCACAGAGCGGGCUCACAGCCAGCUGAGCGUCCUGCCCAGCCCCGGCUGCAGGAGGGACGGCACCACUGCAGGCAUCUUCACCAUCGCCGUGGUGUGCAGCAUUGUCCUGACAUCCUUGGUCUGGGUGUGCAUCAUCUACCAGACUAGGAAGAAGAGUGAGGAGUACAGUGUCACCAACACAGAUGAGACCGUCGUGCCUCCAGAUGUUCCAAGCUACCUCUCCUCUCAGGGGACGCUCUCUGACCGACAGGAAACUGUGCUCAGGACUGAGGGUGGCCAUCAGGCCAAUGGACACAUUGAGAGCAAUGGUAUUUGUCCGAGAGAUGCAGGUCUCUAUCCAGAGGCAGAUGCUCAUGUGGUUACCUGCAGGCAGCCCAAGCUCUGUGUUGGGUACAAUAAGGAGCCGUGGAAAGUGAUGGAGAAAGCCGAUGGCACACCUGGUCAACAGAAGAUGGAGCACAGUGGCCCAGUUGUAUGCAGUGACUGCAACACUGAUAUGGACAGUCACUCCAAGGAACAAGCCUUCUGUCCUCAGCCUGUGUCCAGAGACAGUACACAACCAGGUACACCAAACAGCCAGGAGCCCAGUCACAGUGACCAAGAACAUUCUCUACGUCUGCCCAGUGGGACUCUGGACAGGCCCCACACCGACUGCAGGGAGUCCCUCUACCCCAGUAACCAUGACAGAAUGCUGAUGUCCUUGAAGAAAAAGUCUGGGGCACCCCCAGAUGGCAAAGGGGCCUCUUCGUGGACGUUAGCAAGGUUGUGUGAGCCAGACUCCAUAGACCUCCAGCCUUCCUCUACAUUAACUCCUGGCAGUUCUGAGCUCACACGAGCCCCUUCGGGCUUUCCCGACAUCCCCAGCGAAGGCCAGCACUUGCUUCUUUCCAACGGACAACUCCCCAGAGCAUGUGACUCCGGUACUGAGUCCACACCACUGACAGGACAGCUCCCUGGGAAACGGAGUGGGCCGCUGCUGUUUGCACCACAGAUCUAGGCGUUGUCUACCUCAGCUCUUGUGGCAAUCUCUAUGGGAAAGAGAGGUAGGAGAGGCUGUGAGGAAGCUUGGGUUCAAGCGUCACUGAUCUGUACAGUUUUAACUUCCAUGUGGAGUGUCAGUAGUCUAAAGGACUUGCAGCUGAAGUCACAGAAUGCAGGAGGCUAUUGUGUACAAAAGGCAGAAAAGUAUUUGAUAUUGUUGUACAUAAGAGUUUUCAGAGAUUUCAUAUAUAUUAUAUAUCUUUUACAGAGGAUAUUUUAAUCUUUAGUGCAUGGUUAACAGAAAAAAAAAUCGUACAAUUUUAACAAUAUUAUUUUUCAUACCAGGUUGCUGUUUAAUUUUGGAAGGAACGGGGAUAGUUCUGGUGCCUUAAUGUAUGGAUAGAAUUUAUAGAAGCUAAAAACCACAUUUGCUCUGAGGAGUUGUAGUGGGUGGGAAGGAUGGAAAGUCCUACCUGAGUUGCACAUCAUAGGACAGGCCCCUGGGAUGCUUUAUAGGCAGAGCCUUGGUUUGCAUUGGAAGUAACUUCAUGUCAGUGUUGCUCAUGUAACUUCUGUGGUGCCUCCUGCCGCAGACCCCCCUGUGGAGCCCAGACCCACGGUGUUCGUGGACCUCUGCAGUGAGUGACUUUCUCGUAGUUUUGAGUUCUUGCUUUAACAAACAUGAAGGGGGGGCGGGUUCUUAAUCCACCACCAGCAUUUGUUCCGAACCAUUAAGCCUUCCUUCUAUGAUAAAAGCAAAUGUGGUCUUGUCAGUAUCAUUUGAGGCUUUCUAAUGAGAUAGAAGUUGCUGCUGUUGAUACCUGUGGAUUUUUCAGUGAUGUUUUAGUCUGCCAAUAGGACUAAUAUAUUGAUCUUAAGGGAGAAAAAGGAUCAAGUCCUUCCUUUCCAGGGCUAGCUUAUCUUGACUGAGGACUGGGAGCAGGCCUGUCCACACCUUCCCUCGCACACGGACCCAGGCUUGGACUUGCAAGCUUUAGCCCUUGACCUGGGUUCUGGGUAUAUUUGCACUUUUGAGACCGGUAGCUAAACAUCUUGUGAGUGCCAAUGUAUAGUUCAGGAAAAAUUACAUUGAAACUAACAAGGUCCUUAAAAGCUCAGAAAGCAAGGUCCUUUAGCAAAAAAGCUGAAGGUAUACUGACAAAAUGGUUACUUUGUUAAAUUUUACUGUCAGAUGUCAUCACUGUUCCAAAAGGUAAGCACAUUUAGAAUUUUGUUAACAGUGAACUGAUUAAUAUUACUUCCACAACAUAUGUGAAUUUGCUGCUUCUGAGAGGCAAUGUGAAAGAGGAAGUAUUACUUUCAUGUACAAAGUUAUUUAUUUAUAGAAAUUUUGGUACAAUGUACAUUGAAAAACAUGUAAAAUAUUGAAGUGUCUAACAAAUGGCAUUGAAGUGUCUUUAAUAAAGUUUCAUUUAUAAACGUUAA